UCGGGUUUCCUGAACAAGCUAAAAGUAUCUCGCGGUUAGGAAAGGUUUGGGUAAUAUUAUUGUCAAAUGUGUGGUGCUUUGUGUGCUACUUUCUUAUUUUAGCUAUCUGACUUUCUGAACGUACAAUAAUUUAUUCUAGCUCGGGGAUAUGGAAAUCUAUCUUCAUAGUUGUAGUGCCGAGUAGAUCUGCUCAUGAAGCGCCGAGCACACCACCGCCAUCAGUUUCCACGACAAAGGAGUAGAUCCGAAGCGUCGACGGAGUGAAUGAGUCAGUCAUAGGGGCACAGAGGACCUUUCUUGCCGAGGUCUGAUUGCAAACCAUACUUUUAUGGUAGCUAACUAUCUGGGGAAAGGAUCCGGACCAUAUGGUUAGUUACCUAGCAAGUGAGGUCCACCGUUGAGUACGUCGAUACGUGACUGGCUAGCAAAGCAAAAGCUGUCUGUUGUGCUCAGACUGCGGUAAUUUUUGUUACGAAGUGCGCUAGUUGCUAGCUAGCGAGCUAACAUUACCUGGUUGGCUAGCUUGCUUGCUACAGUGACGCUCUAUGAAGCCGGAUAGCUAGGUAAAAUAUUUUUGUCUGUUCGAGGUCGCUAGCAAUAGUAGCUAGUUAGUGAACCAGUUAGUUAGCUAGUGGCUGAUGCUAUUCUGAAGCAGCAUUUUUCGUUGCAAACAAAUAGGCUAGCUAUAUAGCAGUUUACAUUUUUACAGUCGGUUUGAUUAUUGAACGUUGCAGUAAUGUCACUGCACGGUAAGCGGAAAGAGAUCUAUAAAUACGAAGCACCAUGGACGGUGUAUGCCAUGAAUUGGAGUGUCCGGCCGGACAAGCGCUUCCGCCUAGCGCUCGGCAGCUUUGUGGAGGAGUACAAUAACAAGGUGCAGCUGGUGGGUCUGGAGGAGGAGAGCUCCGAGUUUGUCUGCAGGAACACCUUUGACCACCCCUAUCCCACUACCAAGAUCAUGUGGAUCCCUGACACCAAGGGGGUGUACCCUGACCUGCUUGCCACCAGCGGAGACUAUCUGCGCAUCUGGAGGGUCAGUGAUACGGAGACCCGUCUGGAGUGCUUGCUCAACAACAACAAGAACUCUGACUUCUGUGCACCCCUCACAUCUUUCGACUGGAACGAGGUGGACCCCAACCUGCUUGGUACCUCCAGCAUUGACACGACCUGCACCAUCUGGGGCUUGGAGACAGGCCAGGUGCUGGGCAGGGUCAACCUUGUGUCAGGCCAUGUGAAGACCCAGCUCAUUGCCCAUGACAAGGAGGUGUAUGACAUUGCAUUCAGCCGUGCAGGGGGCGGCCGGGACAUGUUUGCAUCAGUGGGGGCGGAUGGCUCGGUGCGCAUGUUUGACCUGAGACACCUGGAGCACAGCACCAUCAUCUACGAGGACCCCCAGCACCACCCCCUGCUGCGGCUCUGCUGGAAUAAGCAGGAUCCCAACUACCUGGCCACAAUGGCCAUGGAUGGCAUGGAGGUGGUGAUCCUGGACGUUCGUGUGCCCUGCACUCCAGUCGCAAGGCUCAACAACCACCGCGCCUGUGUCAACGGCAUUGCCUGGGCACCCCACUCCUCCUGCCACAUCUGCACCGCAGCGGAUGACCACCAGGCCUUGAUCUGGGACAUCCAGCAGAUGCCACGCGCCAUCGAGGAUCCAAUCCUGGCAUACACUGCCGAGGGGGAGAUCAACAACGUGCAGUGGGCCUCCACACAGCCUGACUGGAUCGCCAUCUGCUACAACAACUGCCUGGAAAUCCUGAGGGUCUAGUCUCCAGGCGGGGACGGGGGAGGGGUUAAACGGGUGGGUUUGGGACGAGGUGGGCUGGGAAGGUUGCUGAUGGUAGUUAGACCAGGACUGUAUCAGAUGGGUGCGUGGGGAGGAUGAAAUGGGCAGAACAAUAUUACAUUUCCUAUUUCUCAGCACUCACUGGUGAAAGUGGAACUGCGACUCCAGGAGUGCACAGGGUAAUCUGCAUCACAGGUGUGCUGAUUAUUAUUGAUAGUAUCGAUUUAGGUUGCACGUUUGAGACUGACUGAAAAGGGGUCUACAUGCCAAUUGUAGUUAGCUCUCUCAUAUAGUACUGCUCUUGGAGGAGGACCUGUGUCAGUGUUACUGCUCUUGACUCUUGGUCUCUGAUUUCCUGCAUACAAGGUUUUAUACAUCAGUACUGUUUUGUAACUUUGAAUCUUUCCUUGAAAGUUUUAUACUUCACACUCAUCCCACGUGGGGCUUGAAAGGUUUGGUUAUUAUACCCUUUUAACCCUUGUGUCCUUCAAGGGAGCAUGCCCAGUUCUGCAGAUCUCCAUAAUGUCUCCAUUAGUUAAAAAUGACAGUUCACAUAGAUUAGCCAGAAGUGCAGUGAUAAUGACUGAUCAGAUCAUUUUCAAGACCUUGUUUGAGGGGUGACUCCAUUUAAACAAGUUUUCAUGUAAUCCAUAGCUCCACAUGCAUUAAACUGAUAUGUUGUGUUUUUAUUUUAUUUAACUAGAAAAAUUGUUUAGUUACAUUUUUUCAUAAUGGGGAGGGGAGGGACCUAUAAGUAGGAAGCAGCACCAUGACACCAUGACACUUUCUGUUGUUCCAUGUGAAACUGACACGGUACAUGAAGGAGGGCAACAAAAAGUGGGGUUUUUUUUUGGGUGAGGAUUUUAAUGUGUGCUUUUGCAAGAAGCUGCAUUUGACAUUAUAAUUGAGGUAUUGAUUAUAUGUAAAUAAGAUUGGGAGGUUCUCAGAUCUGCUUUGUAAGUUCAUAUAUACGCUGAGUGUUGUAUUAGUUGGGUGUUUAGCUGGAUCACCGAAGCAAGAUUGUUAACCUUCUGCUAAAGCAAUUACCCAGUCUUUUGAAGCUUGUAAUCAGGGCCUAUCUGGAUGAGAUAUUUACAAAAAAGAGGAUGCAAGUACUUUAGGCAGGUUUUCACAUUGCGGACCUGUUUUGAAAGCCACUCCUGGAUCCUCCGAUGCUUAGCUCCAGAGGGGUCUGCGCUGGCCAUUUGGCAGGGCAAAGGGGGGGCUGCAGGAAGCCUCUCAUUUGCGGUGAUGAUGUAGAGGACUCGGGUGAGCUAGGCUUUGGACUGCUGCUGUUAAAAGCUCACGUUGGACACGGGACCUCCGGAGGGGUCCCGAGUGCCUCACUUGUGAUAAGCGCUGCAAGUCACCUGCUUUUCUUUUCGUUUUCCCUUGGUGUUGUGUCCUCACAUGUCUGUUUUGUUUAAUAUUUAAAGAUAAACAAUUUUAGCAUGUUUGUAGUGGGAAAAUAAAUAUACAAA